AUGGGCUUGACUCGUUCUCGACGAGGCUCCUGGCGCGGCGAGUGCACUCAUGUCAGCGUCGCCCGCGUCCUCGACACCGACGGCAGCAUCGGCUGCUCGCGCUGCGGCAACGGCCUCGCGAUGCGCUGGGUCUACGUCUGCACCGAAGACAUGCAGCGGACGCUCAGCGAUGGCUUCCUGCGCGGGCUGGCUGAGCCUGUCUCGUCUUCCUCUUCGCUGUCGUCUCAGCAGGAGAUCGAGCUGCCCCUGAACGAGUGGAUGACCAAGGCCAUCGAGGACGGACACUACACCGAGGACCAGGUCAGGACGCUCAGGGAGCAGCGAGCGUCCGUCCUCGAGGCCAUGCGCAUGGAAGCCACGCGCAGGGAGGAAGAGCGCGAGCGGGCAGAGGCAGAAGCAGAUGUGCUGCACCGGGCAGGCAUCCUACCGCUGCGGCCGCCCCCGGGGCUGCCAGUGCCGCCGUCAGCAGCAAGAAACAGCAUCACCGGCAUGCUCAUGGAAGACCUCGAGGGGCCCGUCAUCCCACGGUGCGACAGGUCCUUCUGCCAGCGCUGCCGGCCCAGCCACCAGGAGAGAGCGUGGCAGAGCCUGACCAGACUGUGCAGCAACGACAACCAGCUCGUCCUGAAAAACACCGCCACCGGGGAGCCAGUCAACAGCAUCUACGACAUCCCCAUGAGCGAGAUCAUGCGUCCACUCCCAGGGUACGAAGACGACAGCGACCUGGGCAAAGUCGAGGACAAAGUCCAGGAUAAUCCCGAUGAUAAAGUCGAGGAUAAAGUCGAGGAUAAAGCCAACGAGGAAGAGCUUUCAAGGGUAUCAUCCACAGACAUCUGGGACGACUGGUCGGAUCUCAUUUGGAGCAAGAAGUCACACCAGAACGAUAACAGCGAACAGCCAGAGAUUCCCGAGAGGUCGCCGAAGCGUCCCUGCCUGCCAUUUGGACGGCCUCGACUGCUCAGGAUGUCCAGGUUCAUCGCUCAACGGGGAGGGCUGCCAUUCUCUUCCUUCUCGCCGCCGGAUCAGGGGCCACAGCCAGAGGCAGACAACGACGAAGACGCAAUCACAGAAGCACCAACCAAAAACGAGUGA